AUCCGCGGUUGGUUUACCGAUCGAUACGUCGUUGUCAUCGUUCUUUUUAUAAACGUUUUCUCACUUUUUGAUGUAUUUUUUUUGUUGAUUCUUCAGUUCUCUAAAGAUCUAAGGAUGUCUACGGUUUUUGAUCCGGCGACAAGCAUCUGCAGCCACUGUGAUAGAGCUAUUCUUGCUGCAAAUUUGGACUUGCAUUAUGUUCACUGCUCUCGGAAUCUGGAGAAGUGUAAAAUUUGCAAUGAUAUGGUUCCCAAGAUAUUUGCUGAGGAUCAUUUCUUAAGCACCCAUGCUCCGGUGUCCUGCUCGCUGUGUAGCGAAACAAUUGAAAGGGAGAUUUUAGAUGUGCAUGAAGGUGAAAAUUGCCCUCGGAGAAUUGUUACUUGUGAGUACUGUGAAUUUCCUCUACCUGCUAUUGACCUAAUUGAGCAUCAGGAAGUAUGUGGGAACCGAACUGAUAGUUGUCAUAUGUGCAACAAAUAUGUCAGACUGCGUGAAAGAGUUGAUCAUGAAAACAGAUGCAAUGGUAUCACAGACCUUCCUGCAGAAUCUUCCAGGGGUGAUGCAAGAGCAGCGGCUGAAAGAGUACGCGGUGCUCAAAGAAGGCAGCCGCGUGAAUUUUCCAAUGGUCGCGUUUUAUUCACCAUUGCAAUAACAGGGGUUGCUGUUUUUCUCGGCUCGGUUUUGUUUCAAAAAAAACUAGAGUAGCUCCAAGUGCAGUGAAAUCCUUGUAAGUUUUUUUUAUCAGUUUAGUGCACUGAAAGACUAUUGCUGUGCCCCUUUCUCCAGAUCUGAUGAUUUUUAUUUUAAGGUAACAGUAAAUAUGUUCAUGUAAAAUUUAUUCAUGGUUGUUUGACAAAGUAAACUUAUUUUGACCAAACAGGGAUCUGAUGAGUUUUUAUUCAUAUAUUUUUUUUAAUUGUUA